CAGCGCCCACUUCUGUUCCUACAGGCACCGCAGCGGCAGUGACGUGAGGUCGGCGCCCCGACCUUCGCUGCGGCAGCGGCUCGCCGACGAACCCCAUCCGCUGCCGGUGGUGCCGGCUGCCUGCGGUCUGCCUGCAGACUUCUGCAGUCUGUGUUCCGGCCUGCGAGCGCCUGGCAGCUGCAUGGCAUCUUCACCCAGCGCGAUGGCCGCGGCCCGCGGGCGGAAAGCGGCUGGACGCUGCUCUAUGCCCAGCCUACUGCUUCUGCUGGUCGUGGGCCCUGCCCUGGGCUGGAGCGACCCUGACAGAAUACUGUUGCGGGAUGUAAAAGCUUUCACCCUCCACCAUGACCGCUAUACCACCUCCCGCAGGCUGCAUCCAGUCCCACAGUUGAAAUGCGUUGGAGGCACAGCGGGAUGUGAUUCUUACACCCCCAGCGUCGUACAAUGUCAGAAUAAAGGCUGGGAUGGUUAUGAUGUACAGUGGGAAUGUAAGACCGAUUUAGAUAUUGCAUACAAAUUUGGAAAAACUGUGGUGAGCUGUGAAGGCUAUGAAUCCUCUGAAGACCCGUAUGUACUAAGAGGCUCCUGUGGCUUGGAGUAUAACUUAGAUUACACAGAAAUUGGCCUGAAGAAAUUGAGAGAGUCUGGAAAACACCACGGUUUUAGCUCUUUCUCCAAUUAUUAUAACAAGCUGCACUCCCCAGAUUCCAGUGGCAUGAGUGGACUGGUUAUCAUCAUGGUGCUACUUGCUGUUGCCUUUGGAGUUUAUAAGUUGUUCCUUAGUGAUGGUCAAGAUUCUCCUCCACCAUAUUCUGAGUAUCCUCCAUAUGCCCAUGGUUACCAGAGGUUCUCCAGCUCAGCAGGAUCCCCUCCCCCAGGCUUUAAGUCUGAGUUCACAGGACCACAUGGUGCAACUUCUGGUUUUGGCAGUGCUUUCACAGGACAACAAGGAUAUGAAAAUUCAGGACCAGGGUUCUGGACUGGCUUGGGAACUGGAGGACUAUUAGGAUAUUUGUUUGGCAGCAAUAGAGCAGCCACACCCUUCUCAGACUGUCCGCCCUCCUACUCCAGCACAUGGACUAGCCGUGCCUAUUCACCACUUCAUGGAGGCUCUGGUAGCUCUUCGGCAUAUUCAGGCCCAGAGACAAGAACCAGAACAGCAUCAGACCGACAACUACUCAAGUCCCAGCUGGCACCAAAGGACAGGGAACAAAGUGUGAGCCAUGAGUUGCUGCACUGCACAGCAAAAGAACUGCAUGAUUUUCCCCAUCUGUAUAGGCGGAAGUCUGGGCAAUAUGUGGGAAUGGAUCUUAAGGGUGUAGGAUAA